CCGGAUACAGCUGGUGGCACAGUAUCCGGACAAUUGGGAACCGACGGCCAUGGACCAGAUCGCGCAGCUCCAGGAGGACAUCCACAAGCUCAAGAAGGUCGUCGAUGGCAUCUUCGAGAAGAUCGACUCGGACAAGUGCAGCGCGGCCGAUGUCUAUGCCGAUAAGGACAAGGCCAUCGAGAUGAUCAACCGCCUCUGUACCAAGAUGGGCGAAUCCGACAUGCUCGACCUCACCACGUCGCCCGCCAAGGACAUUGGCGCCGACGUCGUCCAGGAACUAAAGGAGAAGAUCACCAAGCUCCAGAGCGAGCGCAUGAGCCUGCACCGGCGAACGGAGGCGUGCGUCAAGGGCCUUUUUUAGCUUACUAGCAACACUACCACCACCAACAACUUGUCUAUGUCGAGUGGCCCGCGCAAUUGACCUCGUCUUCGCCCCGGUUCGAG